AUGAGCAGCCAUGGCAACAGCUUGUUUCUGCGGGAGAGUGGCCAGCGGCUGGGCCGGGUGGGCUUGCUGCAGCGGCUGCUGGACAGCCUGCAGCAGAGAGCGCUGAGAACGCGCUUGCGCCUGCAGACCAUGACGCGCGAGCACGUGCUGCGCUUCCUGCGCCGGAACGCCUUCAUCUUGCUGACCGUCAGCGCCGUGGUCAUUGGGGUCAGCCUGGCCUUUGCCCUGCGCCCGUACCAGCUCAGCUAUCGCCAGGUCAAGUACUUCUCUUUCCCUGGAGAGCUUCUCAUGAGGAUGCUGCAGAUGCUGGUGCUGCCACUCAUUGUCUCCAGUCUGGUCACAGGUAUGGCGUCCUUGGAUAACAAGGCAACAGGGCGGAUGGGGAUGCGGGCAGCUGUAUACUACAUGGUGACCACUGUCAUCGCGGUCUUCAUCGGCAUCCUCAUGGUCACCAUCAUCCAUCCUGGGAAGGGCUCCAAGGAGGGGCUGCACCGAGAGGGCCGGAUCGAGACCGUUCCCACGGCUGAUGCCUUCAUGGACCUGGUCAGAAAUAUGUUUCCGCCCAACCUUGUGGAGGCCUGCUUCAAACAGUUUAAGACGCAGUACAGCACGAGGUUGGUAACCAGGACCAUGGUGAGGACAGAUAAUGGAUCUGAGCUGGGCACCUCCAUGCCUCCUUUAUCCUCAAUGGAGAACGGAAGCAGCCUCUUGGAAAAUGUCACACGGGCCAUAGGCACCUUGCAGGAGGUGCUGAGCUUUGAGGAGACUGUGCCUGUGCCUGGCUCAGCCAAUGGCAUCAACGCCCUGGGCCUUGUGGUCUUCUCAGUGGCCUUUGGGCUGGUCAUCGGUGGCAUGAAACACAAGGGCCGAGUCCUGCGGGAUUUCUUCGACAGCCUCAAUGAGGCUAUUAUGAGGCUGGUGGGCAUCAUUAUCUGGUAUGCACCUGUGGGCAUCCUGUUCCUGAUUGCUGGCAAGAUCCUAGAGAUGGAAGACAUGGCCGUCCUUGGGGGUCAGCUGGGCAUGUACACCCUGACCGUCAUCGUGGGUUUGUUCCUUCAUGCCGGUGGCAUCCUGCCUCUCAUCUACUUCCUCAUCACCCAUCGGAAUCCUUUCCCCUUCAUUGGGGGAAUACUGCAGGCCCUCAUCACUGCCAUGGGCACGUCUUCCAGCUCUGCGACACUGCCCAUCACCUUCCGCUGUCUGGAGGAGGGCCUGGGUGUGGACCGCCGCAUCACCAGGUUUGUGCUGCCUGUGGGGGCCACCGUCAACAUGGAUGGCACUGCCCUCUAUGAGGCCCUGGCCGCCAUCUUCAUCGCUCAAGUCAACAACUACGAACUCAACCUGGGUCAGAUCACAACUAUCAGUAUCACGGCUACAGCAGCCAGCAUUGGGGCUGCUGGCAUCCCCCAGGCAGGUCUGGUCACCAUGGUCAUUGUGCUCACCUCGGUCGGCCUGCCCACUGAAGAUAUCACGCUCAUCAUAGCUGUGGACUGGUUCCUUGAUCGACUUCGCACCGUGACCAAUGUGCUGGGGGACUCUAUUGGAGCAGCAGUCAUUGAGCAUUUGUCUCAGCGAGAGCUGGAGCUGCAGGAAGCUGAACUCACCCUCCCCAGCCUGGGGAAGCCCUAUAAGUCUCUCAUGGCACAAGAGAAGGGGGCGUCCAGGGGACGGGGAGGCAACGAGAGUGCCAUGUGAGAGCCCUCAGCUCUGCCGCCUAGAGGAGGGAAGGGGGCUGGGGAGGGGGUUCCUGGGGAAGACUGCUGCAUGAGUGACUGUGCACUGAACACACAUGUUCUUUCCAGCCCGUCUGGGGGAAACUGAGAUAAAAGAGCAGGGAUGAAAGAUGUCUAAGGGCUCUGUUUCUCUCUGGGCAUAUGCUGAGAAUUUGUGGGAGGGUGAUGGGCAAGGCAGGGGAGGAGAUGUUUUCCCUGGGAUUGGGGCUAAGGGGAGCUUCAGGUUCCACAAGGUGAGCGAUCAGCUCAUGUUCCUCGUUUUCUCAAGGAGUGGUGGAACUCGAGAAGGUAAAGGAAAACUACUAUUUCUCCUAA